AUCAACUCACGUGCGGUCAGAGCGAAUGGAGACAUUGUUUUAGGGGCAAAGUCGGCAUUUUCUGGAAGACGUAACGUAAAAGAAUCGCGGACCUUACGUGGAAACUACACCUCGACUUCUGUUCGGUAGAAAGAGGCACAGCAUUAGCAUACAUUGGAGAUUGCCCAGUGCAACAUACGCACAAAAUGGUGCGACGUUAUGCCCGCAAAACGUGCCGUGGAGAUUACUCCACGGAGCAGGUGGAGGGCGCCGUCAAAGCAGUUCUUGGUGGCCUCAAGCUAGCCGACGCAGCGCGUCGAUUUGGCGUCAAUAAAAUGUCACUCAAUCGCUAUGUUAAAAAGCUACUUAGGACGCACACUGUGCAAAGCGAACACGAAGCGUCCAGCUCUGGAAAAGUGAUAAAAAUACGAAAUAAGACUGUUGUUAUUGGCUAUACAAGAACAAAGCAGUUAUUAGCGGCAAGCGAAGAAGAUCGCCUUGUAGUACAAUUGAAGAGGUAUGGAAAGCCAUCGUCGGAUGAUGUACGAAGAGAGGCCUUCCUGCUAGCUAGCCAGCUUCGAAAAGAUGUUCCAAAGACAUGGACAAAGUCAGGGAUGGCUUCGUACGACUGGUUAACAAGUUUCCUAUCGCGCCGAAACGACCUUUGUGUCAUAUACAAACGGACGCGGGAGCAGCAUAAACAAGGCCCAAGUAGUUGUGACCCAGCGACUAAUAAUAUAUCUUCAAUAUCAUGCUGUUCGGGACAAGUUAACGAGGCGACCAUCAAGUGAAUGCGUAUCUGUACCUAACUAAAAUGUGUGUUCUGAUUUCAUGUGUUUG